CGCGCCUCAUCUCUCUGUGUCCCCACCACAGCUUUUCCUGGACCCGCUGCCCGGGAGCUGCCUCCCUGUCCGCACAGCAUGGGCCCCAGAGCAGGUGCCUUGGUGGCCCCGACCUUCGCCCUCCUGCUGUCCCUCACAGCUCACUGCUCCGAUCCCCAGGCUGAGAGCUCCUCCGAGGGAGGGCUGGAUGCCAGCAAGGCCGACCUGUGGGUGAGGGCCAACAGCUCCGCCCUGCAAGGCUUCUGGUGCCAGCCUGCCAGUCAGCUGUCCCGGGCCCAGCUCUCGGCCCUCAUCAAGAGGAUGGACACAGAGCAGGUCCCCCUGAAGGCCUGGCAGCUCAGCUGCCUGGCGAACCUGGCUGCACUGCAUGGCCUCCAGGGAGACUUCCAGAUGCACCCCCCAAACCUGCUGCUCUUCUACAACCUCUCGCAGGUGGGAGAAGAUCAGUGCCGGAACUUCACUGGCCGCGCUGCCCAGGGGGACCCGGAGCUGCUGGCCAACCUGCCGGACCAGCGGGCGGCUCUGCAGCGUGAGGCUCUGGCCUGCCUGGGAGGGUCCCACCCAGAGCUCAGCGCCUCUGACCUGCAGCUCCUGGGGGCCCUGGUGUGUGACAUGGAUGCGACCAGCAUCAGGACUGCAGACCCCCACGUGCUGCAGAACCUGCGUCGCUGCCACCGGCUCACGUCGGCCCAGCAGGCCGCCUUCAACCAGCUGCUGGCCAGUGGGAGGACGGCCCUGGGGCCCCCAGAAUCUUGGAGCCUUGAGGGGCUACAGGCUCUUGGUCCCCUGGCCACCUACAUCAGCCCCAGCCUGUGGGUGCAAGUGCGGGAGGCCGUGGGCCUGGACUUCUUUGGCAGCAUGGUGGCCGCCUACCGGGAGGGACAACUCAGCCAGUCAGAUGCCCAGCGCUUCGUCAACGACUUCCUCGAGGCCAAGGCCAGGUCCUCUCGACCCAAGCGGGGCACAGGGAGACGCUGCGUGCGCGGUGACAUCACUGCAGCGACCCUGCGGGACGACCUCUUCCUGGUGCGCUACGACUGUGGACAGCUGGAAUCCUGCCUGGGGCCGCGGGUGCUCAGGGCCAACCUGGACCCUCUGCUGCAGCACCCGCUGCCCGCUGAGUGCCAGCGCGUGGUCAAGAACAAGCUGGGGCAGGUAUAUCCACGCGGCCUCCCCGAGGAGCAGCUGCCGCGUGUGGCCUCGCUAGUCUACCUGUACUCCUGUGCUGAGAUCGGUCAGUGGAACAUUACGUCCAUGGACACACUCGUGGCCCUCCUGGCCUCCGACGUGGCACUGGACAACCAGACCGAGGCCCUCCUGCAAAAGUUCCUGGACCACAACGGCACCCUCACCGGAGCCCUGCUCGUGGCCAUUGGGGGCUCCCGCCUCUGCUGGAUGAGCCCCCGGCAGAUCCAGGCCAUCCAGCCCUCGGAGUUCCGGCUGGCCGGGGCCCUGGACAUCUCCUCCUGCCCUCAGAGCCGCAAGAACGUGCUGUUCGCCAAGGCCCAGGAGGCCUUCCGCAGCACCCAGACCACUGACGCCUACUACCGCUUCAUGCGCCCCUACCUCGGUGGUGCCCCGGUGGAGGAGCUGCAGCAUCUGGCACAGGCCAACGUCUCCAUGGACAUCGACACCUUCACCAACCUGAACCCCCAUGUGCUACAGAGCCUGAGCCUGGACAAUGUGACCACACUGCUGGGCCAGAACGUGGGGGACCUGCGGAAGGCACGCAGUCACCCAACCAUCAGCUCAUGGCUGCGCAGCCUCAACAUCUCAGCCCUGGGAGAACUGGGGCUUGAAUCGGGCCUGGCCAGUCGCCUCAAGCCUGGCCACUCCACCCUUCGCCCCCCCAGCACCACCCCACUGGCCCUCCAGCUUGCCCCCUCUGCAGACCUAACCGGGGACGUGGCCGAGGUCCCCAGCUCUGGCAGCCCUGAGAGCCCCCUGGGGUGCCUGCCCCUUGCUGUGGCCCUGCCCUCUGGCCUCCUGUGGUUGCUGUACUGGAGUGGCCUCAGCCCUGGCCAGGACGGCUCACCCGGAGCACACACUGCAGCUUCCCAAGAUGGCCCCGGCCUUGCACUGCAGCAGGGGCUGGGAGAGGGAUCCGGCAGCCUGCCCAGGCCUGGGUGCAAGCCCCAAGCCCAGGAGAACUGGCUGGCCCUCCCAGCCUAG